AUGAUAAGACCGUUUCAAACCAUUGGCAUUUCUUUAUCGGUACUUUAGAUUUCUAAAUUUCCCUCAUUUUCAAAAGAAAAAAUCGAGUUUUUCCAGAGAUCUUUGCGAAAAAUGUCGACAACUCCCCCAGCUGCCUCAAUUCUUCCGGAUCUUGGAAAUACUCAGCCAUUGGAUCCACUUCUGUUGAAUAAAUCGGAUACAGAGCAAGAAGCUUUUCUUCAAAAAUAUCCAAAUUAUGAUGGAAGAGGUAUUUUGAUUGCUAUUUUGGAUACUGGAGUUGAUCCAUCACUUCCUGGAAUGAUGGUGACUACAGAAGGCGAAAGAAAAAUGGUGGAUGUUAUUGAUUGUAGUGGAGCUGGAGAUGUUGAUACAUCAACUGUGAAAAGUGCCAAAGAUCGUAUUAUUGAAGGAUUAACCGGAAGGAAAUUAACAAUUCCUGACACAUGGAAUUGUCCAACUGGAAAAUAUCAUUUGGGUCUCAAACCGAUUUACGAACUUUAUACAAAAGGUGUGAAAGCAAAAAUAACAGCAGAGAAAAAAGAGGAUAUAAAUAAACCAUCGCAUAAUAUUUCGACUGCUGAAGCUCUCAAACAAUUAACAGAACAUGAGACUGAAAUCGGUGGAGCAAGUGAGAAAUUAUCGGAUAAAUGGGCGAGAGAGGAUUUGGCGAGUAAAGUCGAUUUUUUGAAAUCAAUGCAAAGUGUGGGAGAUGUUGGACCGGUUGCUGAUGUUUUGACGUGGCACGAUGGAGAGAUUUGGAGAGUUUGUAUUGAUACUUCAUUUAGAGGAAGAUUGGGGUUGUGUAAGGUUCUUGGAACAUUCAAGGAAACUGGAGAUUUCGCGUUUUUGACCGAUAAAGGUAAUUUUUGCACUUAAAAUGUGAAUUGGAAGAAUUGGAAGUGGAAUUAUUCGAAAAAGCUACGCCGCAGUAAUCAAGAAUUGAACCAUACGUCGCAUAGCCUCGUUUUAAAUCCACCAGUGCACACCCCUAUUUUUGAAAAUUUCUGGAAACAGGGAUAACCCCCCCCCUUUCCCUUUUCAUUUUCAGCUAUCUAAACUUGACAACCCACUUUUGUGAUAAACUUUGAGCUCAAAAUUGCUUCGUUUCGGCAAAUAUUCUAAUUUUCACCGCUUUUUUGAUUCAAAAAUUCGAAUUUUUCAAAAACAAAAAAAAUACGUUUCAAAUUUUGAUAUAAUUUAUUAUCAAUUUUUUUUCAAUUCUUCCAUUAUUAUAUCUGAGAAUAAAUCAAAACCAAAAUUUUGAUGAAAAUUUUGAAAUUAUCGAUUUUUGAAUCAAAAUUCGUGGAAAUUUUAAUCACUCCCAAUAAGUGUUAGAGUACAAAGCUUAGAAAAUUUCUUCAAAAUAUUUUCUCAAGUGACAUCCCCUUCCAAAAACUGGGGUGAGGGAUAACCUCUCCUCGGGUCGAUUACCCUAGGCAUGCGACGUAUGAAUUGAACCUAAUGAUUUUGUAUAGUAAAAUAUUGAAACAGUGUAAUUUUGAAGAAUUAGAAUUUAUGUAAACACUUUGAAUAUGAUUAAAAUAUAUAAUUUUAAAUUUUGAAACAGUAAACUUUUCGAACAAAAGCUUUAUUUAUCAGAGUUUAUUCAAAUUGUGAUAUUCCUUGACCAUAGAUUGUCUAUGUUACCAGACCGUGCCACGUGGAGGCGAAUAUCAGACGGUCGCGCAUUUUUCUUGAACAUUUUUCCCAAUACCAAUAUUAGCCGAUCUUAUAGAAGAUCAUCUUUUGAAAUAAUCGACGCAUUGAUAAGAUUUAUAAAAAAAAUUAACAAGCUCCAUAAAAUAAUUCGAAUGUAUGAGGCGACAUCACCUGAAAUACAGAUUUGCUGCUUAUAAUUAAUAAAUAAAAAUUAGCUUCACCUGAACUGGGGCAUUUUUUGUCAAACCACGCUAAGUUAGCUAAACUAGACUAAAAUAAAAUGGAGAUAGAAGAAAAAUGUCUGAAGAGACAUGAGAGAAAGAGGUUCAGAUAAAGAGAGAAAAAAUAACAUGUAAACAGAAUAUGCAGGAACCAGUUCCAAGACAGCACCAAAAUAUUCAUGGAAUUUUUCAAGUUUUUACUGUUUCAAAAAUGUAUAUGUGGAAAUUUGAGUUUAAUUUUUUCGUUAACAUUUGGUCGUCUGAAAGAUAUUUGAUAAAAAACUUGCCAAUUUUGUUCAAACAAAAAGUACGAUUUCUCGCAAUUCAAAGCCUUAACAUUUUCAAUUAACUUUCUUUUCGAAAUUUUUUGAUGUCAAAAUUUUACUGUUUCAACAUUACAUAUUGGGGUGAGUCAAUUUUAUUUUUUGUCAAUUAAUUGACAGAAAAAGUGAGUCUUUUUUGUGCAAUUUUUUCACGUUUUUGUCGAUUAAUUCCAUCUUUUUUUGCAAUUAAUCGCAUUCAAAAAUGAGGAAUUUCAAUACGAAAUAGAAUUUAUUUGACCUCUUUUUUGAAACGUGUCCCAAAUUCACUGCUUAUUUUUUGGAUUCAUUUCGAAAUGAAAGAAAAUUGAGAGAAGACAAUUUUUUUGUUGAUAAUUCCAACUCAUAUAGAUCACGUUUUAAAAUAUAGGUCAAAUAAAUUAUAUUUUUAAUGCAAUUAAUUGCAUUUUUUGCCAAGAAAUGAAAGCGAAGAAUUGACAAAAACGUGAAAUUAAUCGCCCUAAAAGACUCACUUUUUUUGUCAAUUAAUCGCAAAAAACACGUCGAUUAAUUCGAUUGACUCACCCCAUAUGAAUUUUUUCUAAUAUUUUUACUUUGAUUCCACUUCGUUUUUGAAAUGAAAGUUUCACUGUUUCAAGGAAUUCAGUUUAAAGAAUUAAAUUAUUUAAAAUGUUUCUAUUAUCGAAUUAUGUAAAUUAUUCAGUUUGUAACCGGUUCUAAAAUUUUUUUCAUUUUGUUUUUCCAGACUCUGUGACUUACACAGUUCGUGUUAGCAAAGAUGGAAAUUUGACUGAAAUAGCUGUUCCAUCUGGUGCUCAUGGUUCACAUGUGGCUGGAAUUGCGGCUGCAAAUUAUCCCGAAAAUCCGGAGAAAAAUGGCCUGGCUCCUGGAGCAAAAUUAGUUUCUCUGAAUAUCGGAGAUCAUCGAGUUGAUGCAAUGGAAACGGGUCAAGCAUUAACACGGGCUUUCAAUGAAUGCGCCAAUUUGGGAGUUGAUGUGAUUAAUAUGAGUUUUGGAGAAGGAACACAUUUACCAGAGAUGGGGUUUGUUUUUUUUUUUUGGAAAACUUGAAUCAAAGUUUGCUAUUGAAAGUUUUCACUUGAAACAGUGAUUUUUUCAACAAAAAAAAGAAUUUUAAAAAAAUGAAAAAAAAUUCUGACAUUUCGAUUUCAAUAAUUAUUCGUUUACAAUUUUCGUUUACAAAACUAUCAAAGUUUUUCAAAAAUUAUAUUUUAUGAAUAAAUUUAUUGAAACAGUAGAUUUUUUUUGAUAAUUUUUCACAUACAAAAUUAAAAAAGCAGAGUUUUGACCUUUAAAAAAAAGCCGUUCUUAAAAAUUUCGCUCUAAUUUUGCAGAAGAAUCAUUGAAGAAGCGAAAAACUUGUCGAGCGAAAAGGUGUGAUUUUUGUGUCAUCAGCCGGAAAUGCUGGACCAGCUCUUUCAACAGUCGGUGCACCCGGUGGAACAACAACUGGAAUUAUUGGAAUUGCCGCAUAUUUGACCGGUGAAACGAGUCAAACACUUUAUGGAACAAAUAAACAAACGACAAGCAAGAUUUAUCCGUGGAGUUCAAGAGGACCUUGGUUUGUCAUUUUUUUUUGAGGAAGGGGGAUUUUCAUUAGAAAAAGGGAUUUUUCGAUAAUCAAAAAUUAAACAUUCUCAAAACAAAACGUGACCUAUUAUUGUGAUUUCAAAUUAUUUUUUUUUUCAAAUAUUUAUUUCAAAAUUAUUGAAAUUUGAAAAGCGGCUGAAUAAAUUGAUUUUAGGCGAGUUUCUCUCUUUAAAAAUAGAAUAGAGAAUUUGCCAUCCUAACACAAUCCCUUUUCAAAAUCCAUUUUUUUCAGCCCUGAUGGAAAACUUGGUGUCUCCCUUUGUGCACCAGCUGCCGCUUUUGCAAAUGUUCCAAAAUAUUGUCGACAAAGUAUGCAAAUGAUGAAUGGAACAAGUAUGAGUUCACCAAAUGCAGCUGGAAAUAUCGCUUGUAUGUUGUCUGGAAUUCGCCAAGAAGGUCUUAAUUGGACACCAAAUACUGUUAGAUUGGCUCUUGAGAAUACGGCACAAAAUAUUCAAGGAGGCGAAAUUUUUUCGACUGGUUAUGGAAUGAUUAAAAUCCAAGCUGCUUUUGAAAGAUUAUCCGAAAUAUUGAAACAACAAAUAUUCCCAGAAAAAUUAUUGCAUUUCAAUAUUGAAACUAGUGAAUAUAGCAAGAAAGGAAAAGGGAUUUAUAUUCGAGAACCAAAUGGAAAACAUGAUAUUUCUGUGACUGUUGAACCAAAAUUCUUGACAUAUACUUCGCCGGAUAAUUUGCCGAAUAUCGCAUUCGAAAAACAAGUUUUGCUGCAAUGCAAUGAACCAUGGGUACAAUUUCCGCAAACUUUGUUUUUGGUGAAUUUGGCUAGAAGUUUGAGUGUGAAUAUUGAUACGGAAAAAGCACCGAAGGGAGCGAGUUAUACCGAGGUGAGGGAUAUAUUUUGAUUUUUUUAAUUGAAAACAUUUCUAAUGAGGUUAAUCAAGCUAAUAUUUUCAAAUAAAAUACAACAAAAAAUUAAGGAGCACAUUAAUUUACUGAGAGCCCAAAAAGUAGAAUAAUAUCAAAAUUUGACUGUUCUCAAAUUUCUGCUGUUUCAAAAUUUGUAUGUUACUUUUAGAUAUUUGAAAUUCAGCCAAUUUAAGAUUUUUUUUCCUGAAAAUUCUAAGUUUUCGAGAUUUUCUAAAAAUUCAAUGUUUCACGAAUUUUUUCCAGUAAUUUUUUAAAUAAAAAAUCUACUGUUUCAUAGUUUAUUUGAUAAUAAUUCGAGUGACAUAACGAUGUUAUAUGAAGAACAAAACUCUCAAUUUCAAAAAUAAAUCAUAAUAAUUUUAGAUUGUUGGAAUCGACGCAGCAAAUCCAGAAAUCGGUCCAAUUCUUCGUAUUCCAAUAACAGUUAUCAAUCCAGAAGAACCACAACAAUCAAAUGAAUAUUUGACCAAAAUCACAGCAGUUUCUGGAAUUCCACAAAGAAGAUUCAUAAGAAUUCCAAAACAAGCAACAUCUGCAAGAAUAACUCUCAAAUCACCAGAAAAAGAUGAAACAGAUCGAUUAACUCUUCAUACAAUGUAUUUGGAAUCAGAUAGAGCAUCGAGAAAUACUGAAAGUAGUACAUUACAUCAACCAGCUGGACAAGAAUGGGUUAAAUGUAUCAAAGUAAUUGGUGGAAAAACACUCGAAGCAUGUGUUUUCAAAAAUUGGGCAUCGAAUGAGGAAAAACCAGCUGAAGUUGAGAUGAAAAUUGAAUUUUUCGGAGUGCAAAAACCGGAAAAAUUGACGAUUUUCCAUAGUUCAGCGAGUACACAAUUCAGAAUUCAAGCAGCCGAUCUGAAAUCUUUUGAAAUUGCUCCAAGUAUUGCUAUGAAAUCACUUGUUAUUCCUGUCAAACCACAAAGUUCGAAAGUUGAACCACUUGGACCCAGAGAUGUUUUUUUGACUUCGGGAUUGCAGAUUUUUAGAAGUUUUACUACUUAUAAAUUGAAUGGUGAGAUUUUUUGGGGUUUUGAAAAUUUGUACUGUUUCAAACAAAAUAUUAUCAAAAUUCUGAAACAAAUCAUUUUAAAUUCAAAAAAAAUGUCAACAAUUUCACUGUUUCCAAAUAUUCAAAGUUGGUUUGUGAAAUUAAAUUCUGCAAUUUUGCAAAGGUCAGGUUUGGAAAAAAAAUCAGAAAUUGGUGCAUUUUUGACCAAAAAAAAUUUUAGCCAAAAUUUGGCCAUUUUUUAUCAAUUCACUGUUUUGGCCAAAUUUCGACCAAAAACCGUAAAUUUUCAAAGAAAGUAUCGUUUUUCAAAUUCCUGCAUAAAGUCAGGAGAAAAUUCUACUCAAAAAAAUUCAUAAAAUUUCACUGUUUCGAAAUAUUUAUAAUUAUAUUGUAAUAAUUGUUCUGUGAUUAGAAAUGUUGUUUUAUUCUCAAGAACUUUUUUGUAACAAAACUUCAUAAAUGAUUGUUUUCUUCAUUUUUUUAUAGCAGUGUUAAUGAAAAUCUAAAAAAUAUUUCCAGUUCAAAAAACAUGCGAAAUUCGUCUCGAACUCGCUGGUCUCACCAAUUAUUUAUACGAAUCGCCAGUUGAUUGUGUACUUUUCCAAGUAUUUGGAGCGAAUAAGGGAUUUAUACAAGCGACUGGAUCAUUCCCAGAUAGAGUUUGUUUUUUUUAUUUUUGUUUGGAGCGGGAGUCUGGGAUGAACUUGAUUUUGAUCUCAAGCUUCUCCCAGAUUGAUAUGCCUAAUUCAAAAUUAUUGAUUUUCUUUUUCAGUAUAACAUCAAAUUGGAAAAGGGCGAAUAUAUUGUACAAUCUCAAAUUCGACAUCCUGAAGAACAAUUGCUGGAAAAAUUGAAGGAUUUGACACUUUAGUGAGUUUUUUAGCUGAAAAAGUGUAAAACAAAGAAAGCUGCAAUAGUUACUCGAGUUGAAAAGAAAAACAUUUACUUGUGUUUUGAAACAGUGAAAAAAUUGUGUUACUCAUUUUUUUCCAGUGUCCACGUCAAAUUGGCCGGAAAAAUCACAAUUGAUGUAUCGAUUUCUCCUGAUAUUGCAACAAAUGGAAAUGAUUCGAAAUUUGGUGGAAAAGGAUUAUUGCCAAAUCAGGAAAUGACACUUUAUGCCGCUGGAAUUGCAGAAGACAAGUGAGUUUUUUGUUUUUUUCAACGACAUUCCGCUUUAUGACAUUGCAUGAUUUUUAUUUUUCCGUCCCUGUGAGAAUCUUUACUAGGAUUGAGUGAAUUUAUUACAUUUCAAAAUUUGAGUUUUCACAAAAUUUUGAAAUUCUCCUUGAGAAAUAAUAAUGGGAUAUCUGAACGAACAAAUAGUAUCACUAGUUUGGAGAUAUUAACAUUUUUCAAAGUUAACCUCAAUAAUCCAAGAAAACUCUAGCAGGGAUUUUAACGACACUCCACUUGAUGACACUGCAAAGGUUUUAGUUUCCGCCCCUGUGAGAUUAUUUUUUGAGAAAAUGUGGAUUUUUCAUAUUUCAAAGUAGAAAUCUAUACGAAAUUUCCUAUUCUUUUUUAAAAAACAUGGUCGGAUACCUAAAAAUUGAAAAGAAUUACGAAAAUUCAGAUACAUGAUUUCUAAUCAAAUCUAACCUCAAUAAUCAAGGAAAACAUCACAGGGACCCUAACGACACUCCGCCUAAUGACACUGCAUGAUUUCUAAUUUUCUGUCCCUGUGAGAUUAUUUCUAAGAAACAGUGGAUUUUUUACAUUUCAAAAUUGGAAUUCUAACAAAAUUUUAGAUUUUUUCUUGAAAAAUAUGACUGGGAUACUUUAAAACAUAAAGAAAAGUAAUGAAUUCAAAAUUGUUAGCAAAAAUCCUAUUUCAUGAGAAAAAAUCAACAAAAUCCUGGCAGGGAUGAUUUCGACACUCCACUUGAUGACACCGCAUAGGUUUUAGCUUCCGUCCCUGCGAGAAUCUUUCUUCAGAAAACGUGGAUUUCCUACUUUUCAAAGUUAGAAUUUUCAAAAAAUUAUGGGGUUUUUCUUAAGGAAUUAGGCUGGGAUACCUGAAAAUUGGAAAGAGUUCGAAUUAUUCACAAGCGAAACCACUAACCAAAUCUAACCUCAAAAAUUCAAGGUAAAACUGACAGGGAUCAUAACGACACUCCGCUAGAUGACAUUGCAUGAAUUUUUAUAUUUCUUUUUAAACCAAGGACUUUUCCCAUUUCAAAAUUUGAAGUUUCAUGAAAUUUUCAGUUAUUUCUUAAAACAAAUAAACAAGUAUCCAUAAAUCUGAAUACAUUUGUCCUGAUAUUUAUUUUCAACUUUCUUUGCUUCGAAUGUUUAUGUGAAAAAAAUCAGGAACAUAUCACUAAUAGUUUUUUCUCCACAGACAUUCCUCUUCUUCCUACAAAAAUCAUAAACCCUCUCGUAUUUUGUCCAGAAUCCCAAAACUCAUUCAAAAUACACCAAGUGGAAGUUUUCUUCUCGGACAUUUAUCGAUUCUGAAACCAUCGGAUUUGAGUGCUGUCGAUAAAUCAGAUGUUGUCUAUUAUUUGCCAGAAUUCUCGACUCGACCAGCAAAAGGACUUUCGAUGAUAACAACGAAAAAAGAGAAGAAUCAAAAUGAGGAAAUGAAAGAUGCGAUUCGAGAUUUGGAAGUUGGAUGGGUUUCGAAAUUGACUGAUGAAAAAGCGAGCAAAGAAUUGUAUGAUCAAAUUAUUGAAAAGUUAGUUUUUUUGGGGAUAAAGGAUGUGAAAAAUUUUAUAGGGAAAUUUAUAAUUUCAAAACAGGAAAACAUGUUUCUGAAAUUAUGCAGAAAAUAUGAAGUUGCUCUUCAUAGAACAAAGGCAUUUUUUAAAAUGUUAUCAAUUUAUGACCCAAAUUUUAUGAAUAUUUUUAAACAGUGCGAAUUAAUUUUUUGUUUUGAAAAUGUGAAAUACAAAAUAAACGAAAUUCAUUUGAAAUAGUCAUUUUUGCAAUAAAAUAAAUAAAAAGCUGGAUUUUUCUAUGAAAAUUGUUUUCACAAUUAAAUUUCAAAAAGUCCCUUGUCAAAUAUCUGAACUAUUUUAUUUUUUGAAACAACGAACCUCUUUCGAAAAAAGAUUCCAUUUCAGAUAUCCCGAUCAUCUUCCACUUCUUCAGAAUCGAAUCUCGAAAAUAAUGCAAAUAAAAACAGCGGAUCUAACAGCUGAAAAUGUUCGUGAAGCAAUUCAAUUGGCUGGAAAAAUGUUGGAAUUGACGAAUCCGGCGGAAAUUUUGCAAUUUUUGUCGAUUAAACAAGAACAUGCUGAUGAUUUAUUGACUAUUGAAAAAUGGAUUGCGAUUAAAGGUUGGUAAUUUUUUUUGUUGGAAAUGGGAAAUUUUGGAUUGGAAUAAUAACAGAAGUUAAAACAGUAACAUUCUUUCUUCAAUUUCUCUCGAAGAUUACUUUACUUCUUUAUUGCCAAAAUUAAGAAUUUUUGAAACAGUGAAAAAAAUUAUUUUAUGAAUAUUUUGAAAUAGUGAAACUUCUAGAAAAAAAUUUGAAGUGUCAUGAUUUUUUGAAAUUUCAAAGUGUUGUUUUAGCUCUCACAAAAAUUACAAAAAAAAUAAUUUAAAGUGAAUAGUUUUUUCUCCUUUUUCAGGUCAAGAUGAUUUGGAUCGUAAGGAAGUUGCGAAAUUGAUUGGAAAAUUCGAUGAGCGUAAAAAUGCGACAAUUUUCGCUCUUCAAGUUUUGGCUUCUUUCGAACAAGAUUUGAAACUUCACAAAUCGAAAGAAACAAUUUCGAAUAAUUUGAGAUUUGGAUCAAUUACCCCAUUGAUUUUCUCAAAUACAGCGAAAUCUGAGAAUCUGUCAUUCUCGAAAAUUUCUGACGAAUUCAAAAAAUUAAAGGAACAUGUUGAACAAUUGGAUACGGUUAUCGAAGAAGAAUUGAAGAAAAUUGAUGAAAAAUCACAAUUCUUUGUGAAAUUAUUAAUUUGGUUGCCAAAUGAUGAUGCAAAAAUUGCAUUGAUUUCUGCAAAACAUGCGGCUGUUUUGGGACAUUUUGGAAGAUGUGCGAAGUUUUUGAAUAAAUCGAGUGAUGAAUUGAAAAAUGGAGGAAAUGAUUCGAAGAUUGUCGAUUCGACUUUGGCUGAAGUUUGUGAUGAACUUGGUUGGACACAUCUUUCUUCGCAUUUCAGAAAUGUUGCUCUCAUCAAAAAUCGCCCCAGUUACAGACUUUUUUAA